GGACACAGGACACAUCCUGUUCAGAUACAAGCCAUGGAGAUCAAAAUCUAAAAGCUGAACUAAGUCCUCAAGCGGACAAACAAAAUUAACAAAAUCUCAUCCUCUUGAGUCUUGUGUGACAUCCCAAAUUCCUUUGUCACAGUUUCCAUGAAAAACAAACCAAACCUGUAAAUGCUGCAAACUCCCGUUGCUCUGCUCUCUCUCAUGGGCCAUGGCUACCCUUUCUCACUCUCACUUCCUAACCUUCCUCUCACUCCCUUCUCGUAAACUCUUCUUGCUUCCACAACAACAUCUUCACUAGAACAACCUACACUGCGAAACCCAGGAACACCCACCUCCGAAACAAUUUACAACCUGUGCUUUGUCAAAUAAAAAACCCAGGAAUGGUAGUAGUAGAAAGGUGAAGAGCAAUGAAGAAGUGUGCAAUGACAUACAGCAAUUUCUCUCUUGAGUUCGGGUUUCCAGAGGAUCACGUGCCUUCCACCAAGGAGCUUUCGCAGCAUGGAAGGAAUGACCUUGCAAACAUUGUUAGACGGAGAGGAUAUAAACUGAUUAGAGAGCUUCUUGCUAACUCAACAACAUCAAACAUCGAUGGGCUUGGUCCGAAGAAAAGCUUUGAUGAAAACCAGGGUGCAAUCAGUGAUCAUGAACAUAUAUGAACAGGACAAGAAGGCGAAUACCUUGGUUGUCGAACACAUCUCAUCAACUGAUAUCUCCACUCUAGGGAACGAUUACAGUAGUCCAAGUAGUGAUUUGGAUUUCAACUCUGGUGACUUUAGGAGCCUACCUGUAGAAUCUUCAUCCAAUUUGUUUUUGGAAGAAAAGGUAUCGCAUAGAUUAAAGGGUCAUGAUGAGAAAGUAAAAGACGUUGCUGAAAAUGCUUUCUUUUCAACUGAAGUUUCCACCACGGAAGGUUCAAGCAUCAAUUUUGAUCUCAACACUGAUGAAAACAGCUGCAUGCCUGUAGAACUUUCAGUCCUGGAGGAGAAGACUUCAUCUAAUUUGCAAGUUGAGGAUGAGAAGGUGAAUAAGAUGGUUGAAGAUGUGGCCUUUUCAAAUGAAGGAAAGAAACAUUAUUCCUGGAGUUCAAAUCCAGAUUUCAAUCCCACUGACUUUAAAAGUAUGCCUAUAGAAUCUCCAAUCAGUUUGUCCUUGGAGGAAAGGCCCUCAUAUAAUUUGAAAGAUCAGGAUGAGAAGAUUAAGAAUAAUGAUGUACCUCUCUACUCUAGUGAAGAUUCUCGCAUACCUAUAGAAUUUUCAGCGAACUCAUCCCUUGAGGAAAAGGUGACAAAGUUUAUUCAGAAUGGGGAUUUGGAUAUGAUUGAGGGUAAGAUUCUCUAUAAACAAUAGUUUUAUACUCACUUCAUCAGUCAAUAUAUAUAUUUUUUGGCAUGUCACUAGUCCGGACGCUGGUGUUGAUUUUGACAUAAAAGUAUAAGGUGCUUGACUCAACAAUAUGAAAUAUAUUCCAAAAAUUAAUGGGGGAAUUGGUUGGAGUUAAGUGUUUGACAUUUAUUCAUGCGUCUAUCAUCAAAAACAGAAAAACCCCUUGAAAUGGUAUCAGAGGUGCAGUGGCGACUCCAGAAAUAUUUUUCAAGGUGUUCUUGGGUGUGCUUGCUCUAUUACAAUUUUUUUUUCUUUAGAUUCUC